CGCAUUGUCCCCUUCUUUAAGGCAGACGCUCCCGAGGCGAAAAAUUUACUAGCCGGGGGACGCUGGCCACAGCUUGCGACCCAGAAAAGCCUGCAGAGACGCCGACGCUGCGCACCAGGCAGCAAUCUUGGCUUUACCUGUGCUCGCGGUCGCCCUUGGUCAACCCGAGAGCUGUGCGUGGGCCUAAGAAGGGGGCGAGAGUAGUCUCUGCGCAUGCGCGCGUACGGCGGCCGAUAGGGGCCAGAAGCCGCCGGAACAGUCGCAAGCUCCACCCGUUCCCCACGUGGAUGCAGAGACCGGGUGAGGAGCGACGGCCGCCGGGCACCCUUGCACGCGUAGCGUGGUUACCAUGAAUAUUACAUUGAAGAGCUAGCACUUAUAACAUUCUAAGGUGGGCGCGUCUGUUGGCAGACACACGGACCAUCGCGACAGCGUGAGGAUGGCCUCCAAACGCAUCAGCCAGGAGACCUUCGACGCAGCCGUGCGUGAGAACAUUGAGGAGUUUGAAAUGGGGCCAGAUGAGGCUGUGAGGGAAGCCACAGAGCAGUUUGAGUCACAAGGGGUUGAUCUAAGCACCAUUGUGAAGACAGCACCCAGGGUCUCUGCAGAUGGACCGGAGGAGCCAGAACACGAUGUUCUACAGGCCCUGGAUGCCCUGCGGGAGGCUGUGGCCUGCUCCCAGCCACAAGAGGUAUUGGUGCCCCUGGCCCGCUUCCACAAUCAAUGCCAGGAGCACAGGCCCUGCCGCUUCUUGGCUGCCCAGAAGGGGGCCUACCCUGUGCUGCUCGCCAUCUGGCAGCUGGCCAUGGCGGGUGACCCAGCCCUCCUGCUCCAGGCAUUGGACACCCUUGCGGUGCUGACAGAUGGCCAGCCCGACCUGCUGGAUGCCCAGGGCCUGCAGCUACUGGUGGUCACACUGGCUCAGGGCACUGGUGCAGCCAACCUCACCUGCACUGCCCUCCGCCUGGUGCGCCACGUCUGCCUGAAGCAUGAGCAAAACCGGCAGGCCCUGGUCAAGGCUGGUGUGCUGCCCCUGCUGACUGGAGCCAUCGUCCAGCACGGCCGCUGCGCUGACGUGGUCCGGGAGGCCUGUGGGGCACUCCGCGUCAUGACCCUUGACGAUGACAUCCGCGUGCCCUUCGGCCAUGCCCACACCCAUGCCAAGAUGAUCGUGCAGGAGAACCGGGGCUUGAAGGUGCUGAUCAAGGCUGCUGAAGCAUUCCCUGACAGCCCUGGCAUCCUGGGUGAGCUCUGCAAUACCCUGUCUCGCCUGGCCGUCCGCAAUGAGUUCUGCCAGGAGAUCGUGGACCUUGGGGGCCUGGGCAUCCUGGUGGGCCUGCUGGCCGAUGACACCAACCACCAGGACCUCAUGAAGCAGGUGCUGAGCGCCCUGCGGGCCAUUGCAGGCAACGAUGACGUGAAGGAUGCCAUCGUCCGCGCCGGUGGGGCCGAGUCCAUUGUGGCCACCAUGACCCGGCACUUGGCCAAUCCCCAGGUAUGUGAGCAGAGCUGUGCAGCCCUGUGUGUCCUGGCCCUGCGCAAGCCGGAGAACAGCCGGGUCAUCAUGGAGGGCGGCGGGGCCCUGGCUGCACUGGAGGCCAUGAAAGCGCACCCACAGGAAGCUGGUGUGCAGAAACAGGCCUGCAUGUUGAUCCGAAACCUGGUGGCCCGCAGCCAGGCCUUCUCACAGCCCAUUCUGGACCUGGGAGCCGAGGCGCUCAUCUCGAAGGCCCGUGCUGCCCACCGUGACUGUGAGGACGUGGCCAAGGCCGCCCUGAGGGACCUGGGCUGCCGUGUGGAACUGUGUGAGCUCUGGACAGGCCAGAAGGGUAACCUGGCACUGUGACCCCCUUGGCCACAGGGACUCGAGGUGAGUCAGUGGCUGCAGCGUACGUGACUGCCCUGCACUUCAUGCCACAGCUGGGCCCACCUGCUUCCGUUGUCAGAUACAUCUGACAACACACCUGGUAAGAAGCACCCAGUCCAGGCUGCCCGUCCCUCUUCCUGGCCCUUUCCUCCUAGAAGGACUUGCAGUGUUGCCAGGAAUGCGGGGCCCUGCUGCCUGCCCUGGCCCCAUGAUGUCUGGUACCCAGUUAGCAUCUGAGUGGUGUGUUUGGGUAGUUGGGGUCCUGCCUCUGUCCUUGUCCUCACCUGUAAAAUGGGUCUCAGACACGUACACUGCUGGCCAGUAGGUGGGGCCAUGAUGUCUGUCCAUUGGAGCCCAGGAAUAAAGACCAUGGAUGCAGAGUGGACAGUGCCUAUCCCAUAGCUCGGCUGGGUAGGGGCUGUGGCCUCAGGAGAAUUAGCGGGGAGGGCAGGAGGAAUAGACAUGUCGGGGGGGGUCAUAGGGUCACCAAGGAAAGCUAAGGAGUUUUGAAAGUAGCUUGGGUGUUCGAUCUGUGGACAGGGUGGUGGGGAUGCAGUGGCAGGAUGAGGGGUCUCCAGGUGCUGAGGGCACAUUGCUUGGGGGACUCAGAGCACAACAUCUGAGCCAACAUCAUGGUCCCCCUGAGCCUUGGUGGUCCCCAUAAAACAGGGAUGCAGAGUCCAGUCCGAGGGGUGGAACAGGGCCACAGUGGGUGGCCCCAACUAUCCUGGCUGUGCCUGCUGACAUCACCAGCCUCCUGGUCACUAAGCCUCCCACACAGCUACCCUGCAGCCCCUACUGGUGCCUGACAGCCAACCACCGGCUAGGUCACAGUCCUCAUCCACCCGGUGGCCUGGGCAGCCUACACCCUCCCUGAGCCUCAGUUUCCCCAUCUGUGGGGUAGACAUCAUUGUUGCUGCCCCCAGUACCUCCCCCCUGCCCAUGUUCUGGGGUCCUGGGCAGCUCAUCCCCUGUAUGGCCAGGUCUGGUCCAGGACAGUCUUCAGAAGGGGCUCUAGGCACCAUGCCUAGAGCCUACCUGGAGGCCCCUCCCUCUCCUGGAGCUCAACUCAAUCCUUGACCUCACCUCUGUCCUCUUCCUGGAGGUGCCUGGUUUCCAUGGAAAUCAGAUUACUCAAGUAGCUAUGAGGGGGCAUGGCCCUGGCUCCACCCCCAUGUAGGGAUAUCUCGCCCCAUGGGUGGGGGCCUGCUGGUCAGGGUGCCCUGCCCUUUGGGGACCCACAGCAGCUCCCCUGGCUGAUAUAAACCCCACCCCACCCCAGUGCCCCACUCCCACUCACUGAGGUUCAGGGCCAGGUGGACCUGACCUGAUCCUGGGUCGGCUGCCACUUGUGACAGUGGGGGGUGUCCUUAGGCUGCACUGAGCCUCUUUAUGUCUCCUGGGGGUGUGCCAGGCCAAUUCCAGGGAGGCCUGAGGGCCGGCUCUAUAUUAUUUUGUCCCUUCUCCACCCUGCAGGUCCCGUCCCAACCCUGCUCUCAAACUGCCCAUGGCUCCCAUGGCCCUCAGCUUGUGCCUCCCCCUUGUCUUCCCCUUUUUGAUCUCCAGCCACCCCACCACAGCUCACCCCACAGCCUGGUUCCCUCUUGCCCUAGGCCCAGACACCUGCUCCCUCCUCGGCCCCCCUAAGCUCCCAGCCCAGUGCCAGGUGUGUCUUCGGAGCCUGACCCCAGCUAAGGUGGCUGUGUGUGUCCUUCCUGUGUGUUUGCCCUUCCCUUUCCCCUGUCCCUGCUGCCGGCCUGUUAGCUCAGUGGGACAGAGCGCAUCUGCCCCAUGUGCCCAGGCUUCCCAAAGGUAUUUUCUGAGUGCACCAGAGUAAAUUAACUACCCUGAGGGAGGCGGAGGGACAGCCUUUGCCCAGCCCUCCCCUUGGCUCCUGGCCAGCAUGCUCCUGGGGCCUCAAGCUCCUCCAGGGAGGGGAAGCUGGCUUAUCAGCCCUUCCCACCUUAGCCUGAGGAAUUGGGUAUCAGAGGGUGCUGCCUCAACAAGUUUGCAUGCACACUGCAGGCAGCAUGUGGGGUAAGAACAGCCCGGGUAUCCUCUCUGCACUUCAGGCAUCACCCCGCUGGAGCCUUGGCCUCCCCUCUGUCCCUGCAUGAGGUGCCUGGCUCAGACAGCCUAGGGGGCCUGGUUAGGGAUUGCCUGUCGACUUCAGCCACUCCUCUAAGGAGUUCUUGCUGUCGUCGUUGAUGAUGUCAGUGCUCCCAAGAGGAAAAUGGGCGAAGACAGAACAUUUAGUCCAGCCAGGCCUCUGCCACUCUGUAGUACUGAACAUGCAGCCCCACCUUUGUUAGCUCUGUAAAGCUGAUACAAGACUCCCUUGGGCAGCAUCGAUGAGUAAACCCCCAUAGGGGCAGGCUGCUGUCACUUCUCCCUAUAGUUGAGGAGAAGGGGCUGUGGUGGGCUGGAGCCCAGGCUAGCCUCAUUGCAGGUGGCCUGACCUACGUGGGUGGCCAAGCCUCCAUGCUGCACCCAUUCUGGCCUACAGUGUCCUGUGAGGUGAUUCCUGGGUCUCCACACCCUGGCCCAGUGCAGCUCAGGUGCCUGGGGAGGGGAAGGUCAUUGCUGCUGCCAAGGGGCACUCCCUGCCACUGCACAGAGGUUGGUCAGUGCCAGCAUGCUAUUCAGUGGACAGAAGUCAGAGCUCAGUGCACCAGCCUCACAGGCAGAGGUGGUGCCCAUACUGGGCUGCUGCCUGACCCUUGCCUUAGUUGGCACUGUCCCUGGGUACCUCAGAGCCCGCCAGGAGCUGGCUGUCCCUGUCUUGGGCUGGCAGGUAGGCACUGAGAAUGGCCACCUCUGACACAGAGACCUCAGUCACAAGCCUCUUAUGGUGGAGUUGGUCUGUGUCCUCAUUCUAUGAGGUGUACUUUACAGAGAGGAAAACUGAGGCCCAGAGGAGAGGAAGAGUGUACCCUUCACCAACAUUCCAAAUGCUCCUUUUGGACUGGCCUAGUCAUAACAUUUGACUUCCAUUCAUCUCUCCGAUGCCCCCAUCCACUCUGGGAGGUAGCUGGGAAAAUUGAGGCAGAGUUUGAGUCACUUGCUGAAGGUCAUGUGCCCUGGAAAUAAAAAAGCGCAGAGACUGAAACCCAGCCCUGGACCUUCCCACUGAGGAACACUCAACCACAUAGUGGUUUUCUCAUCUGCAAAGUGGGCCCAUCACUGCCCCCCUCCCCCUGGAAACCAGGUCAGAAGAUGGUGUUGGGAAGUGCCCAGUGGGGUGACAAGGUGCCAACUUCCUCCUCCCCUCCCUCCAGGUCCUGGAAGGACAAUCCCUAGGGAUCCACUGGCAGCUGUGUCUCAGCCAUGCCUACUGGGCUGCCCACUGGGAAGCAGGGAGCAGCUAGGGGCACAGGAGGGGAGGCCAGGUGGGGACACCAGGAGUGAGGACUUCCAAUGUAGGAGCCUCAUCUCCCCUCCACACAGAGGGUCUGUGAGAUACUUGGGUGGGGCACCCUGCAGGGGCUUACAAGGCCCUAAAGUGGGAGCUAUAUUACCCUGCAGCUCAGCCUUGCCCCCUCCCAGGGCUUCGUGGCUCUGAACUUGAUCUCACUCACCCAGCCACACUCAGGAAAUAAGAGCUGCUGUAUGUGGCACAUUUGUAACCCUCUCCACCCAGGAGCUUAAGGGAGUGCCCUUGGUGAGUCAGAGAGCAGAGUGGGCUAGGGUAGGCUAGAUGCCUAGCCUAGCACAGGGCAGCAGGUGUCCCUAAAUGCCCCUUGGACCACAGGUUACAGACAGAAGCAGAGCACACAGGCCAACCUUGGUUCACUGAGGGUCACACGCUCCCACCAGAAGGUCACCGAGAGAGCUUGGGGUAUAAAAUUCUGUGGAAGCCGCCUCAGAGCUCAGCAGGGAGACUGAAAUGGAGGAGUCACUGUCCAUUUCCCAGGGAGGAACUUGAGCUCACCAGCCCCUUGCCCAAGGCCGCACCGCAGGAGGGCCAGGGGCCGAACAAGGAUUCUCAAGUGUCUGCUCUGUGACACUGCCUCUCCUCCAAAAGGAAAGUGUGCUAGGUUCACACCUAGAACCGGCCGCUGGCGUGCUGUGUGACCCUGUGUAGACCCCAAUGUAUACAAUGGCCUUGACCUCACGGAGUUGGGGUUAGGACUCUGAGUGCGCCAGAGGCUAAGAAGCGGAGAAGCGGCCGGCAGGGACGUCCUGUCCCGCGGAGGAGGAGGCUCGGUCUC